AUGGACAACACUCCAAUCGACGUUAUGAAGACAUUGGGAUUGAUCUGGAGCCCACAACGAGAUGAAUUUGUGUUCAGCACCAAUCAAACCGAUCGAGAAGCAAGCCAUCCUACGAAGCGUACAGUGUUAUCCGAAAUUGGCAGACUGUUCGAUCCACUGGGUCUUGUGACGCCGGUAACCAUUAUCGCCAAAAUGAUCAUGCAGAGGAUUUGGAUAUCCGGUCUCCCGUGGGAUACCCCGUUGGAAGGAGAACUUCUACAAUCCUGGAAACAAUUCCGUGAAGCCCUACUCCUGGUAAGCGAAAUCAAGAUUCCUCGAUGCACCAUUUCUUCUGAUGCCACCACCAUCGAAAUCCAUGGCUUCUCCGACGCCUCGGUGGCUGCUUACGGAGCGGUCAUUUAUAUUCGCUGUAUCCUACCGAAUGAUAAAGCUCGACUCAAAAUGCUAUGCAGCAAGUCAAAGGUCACUCCGAUAGCUGAAUUGAGCGUUCCACGCAAAGAAUUACUCGGUGCCCGGCUACUUGCCCGGCUACUCGUAAAAGUGCUGGACUCCCUUCAACUAGAUGUAUCGCAAGUUGUUCUGUGGUGCGACAGUCAGGUGGUACUUGCCUGGUUGCGGAAGCCAUUAUCAUCCCUUGAAGUGUUUGUGCGCAACCGCGUGGCAGAGAUUUUGAAGAGCACCGAAGGCUACACGUGGAAGUACAUCAAAUCGAAACAAAACCCAGCAGAUUUAGUAUCCAGAGGUCAAUUUCCACACGCCCUGAGCACCAAUGAACUUUGGUGGAAUGGGCCGACAUUUCUAAGCACCGCGCAGUACCAGUUGGAACUUCCCGAUGACAUCGCAGAUGAAGAUCUUCCGGAGUUGAAAAAGGUAAAUGUAACCGCCAUUCCAGUCGUUAACGAGGAGAAGAUGGAAGUAUUUUCUAGGUUCAGCUCGUUCAGAAAGCUUCAACGGGUAGUCACGUUGGUCCAGCGAUUUAUCCGUAACUGUCGACUGAAAUCUCGCAACGAACGAGUCCUUCAACGUCAUCCUACAAUCCAAGAACUACGCUCGGCUUUACAGCUGAUUGUAAGGGUCAUUCAGCUUGAAGCUCUGGGUGACGAGAUUCAUCGUGUGACAUCCAACGAACCGUGUAAGAAAAUUGCUGCUCUGAAUCCGAUUUACAACGAUGGAGUGCUGCGCGUUGGAGGAAGGCUUCAACAUUCCCUGCUACUUUUUGAAACCAAGCAUCCGCGAAGAGAACCUGCAUGUUGGUCCAACUGCCCUAUUGGCCGCUCUCCGAUCACGUUUUUGGUUGCUGGAUGGAAGGUCGUCCGUCAGGAAGAUUACCAGGAGCUGCAUCACAUGUUUCCGGUCGAAGCCUAA